GUGAGGGCAGGGUAAGUCCUUCAUUUCUAAGAAUUGAAAGUUAUAUCUGGUUAUUUUUGUCCAGAGUACAACAGACAGCGUUUUCUUGAAGCUUUUUUACUAUUUGCACAUGACCUGAUGGUGAGGCUGUUGUGCAAGUGACAGACACUUGUGGAAUUACGUAAUGGCUGACCCAAAGUAUGCAAACCUUCCAGGUCUGGCUCCUGAUGACGAGCCAGAUACGUUUGAGACGGAUGAGCGACCGGAGGCCGACCAGGAUGCCGAUUAUGACGACGAAAGCGAGAACGUGGAAAAGCUGCAUGUAUCCGCCACGGAGGCCUUCAACAAGUUCAAAGACAAGAGCCUGGAUGGCCAGAAGGCGGACUUCUCAGAUCGCCUCCGAAGAGGACUGAACACGGGCUACGCGGCACGCACUGGCCAGUGGGAGCUGGCCGGCGAGGGCGAGCCAGAGACCGUCGUGCAGAAGUACCAGCGGCUGAAGCUGGAGGUGCAGCAGCUGGACGAGGAGAUCGCUAGCGUGCAGUCGGGCCUGCAGCCGGACUCGUCGGAGGAGGAUCGCUCGUCGGCCCAGAUCGGCGCCGAGGUGGAGCGGCUGCACCGGCACCUGGCCGAGGUCAACCUCGAGCAGCUCCUCGGCGCUCAGGUGCUCAACGCCCUGGGCGACCCGCAGGGCGCGCUGCGCAGUAAGCUGGAGCUGCAGCUGUCCCAGCUAGCAAGCGGGGCCGCGCCAGCCGCCAAGUCGGCCGCUCCGGCCAGCGGCGAGGGGGCCACCUACGAGCUGCACGUGCGCCCUGAGAAGGCGCGCGCUCAGCAGGCGUCGGCGCUCGGCGAGCUGGAGAAGCGACUCGAGCGCAUGGAGCGGGCCGUGGGCGCCACGCCGGAGAAGAUGAGCCGGCUGUCGGCCGAGACGCGGCAGCGCUCGCUGCUGUCGGCCGUGGCCACUCUCAGCUCGAAGGUGGCCCUGCUGGACCCGGCCACGCUGGAGGCGGCCGAGGCGCGCCUUCAGGCGCUCCACCAGCGCAUGAACCAGCUGGCCGAGCAGCGCGCCGCCGGCGUCGACGCCGACAAACUGUCCACUAUCACGGAGCUACACGACCUGAUGCAGAAGACGGCCGGCGUCCAGGGCGAGCUGCCGGCCAUCCUGGAGCGUCUCAACUCUCUGCAGACACUGCAUGAUCACGCGCUCAACUUCUCGCGCUCGCUGACCCAGCUGGAGUCGGCGCAGCAGAAGAUCGAGGCGGGCCUGAGCCAGGGCGAGGCGCGCCUCGGUCAGGUGCAGGCCGACUGCGCCGCCUCGCUGGACACCAUCAAGCAGGGACUCGACUCGCUCGCCGCUCGCCUCGCCGCCGUCAAGAAGUAGCGCCGCCGCCGCCUGAAGCGCGACGGCCGGCGCCGGCGCCGGCCGGCUGGGCCUACUGCACCGCAUUUACAGCGCCGCUUAUGUGCUCUGCCUUCGGUGUCGUUGCCGGCGUUUGGUCCCAAAGUUGUGCGGGCAGCUCUCGUGUGGGGCUGGAGGCUUGAGAAGUGAUACCCAGAUGCGACUGGAAUACUUUUGAGAGAAGAGCGGUGGUCUGUUGCAUGGUUUGGUACUGUGGCCUCCAGGGCUUGUUUCGAUUCAUUUCAGUCUGUGUUUGAAUUAUGAAACUCGAACCUGGAGUGUGAUGGUCUUCUUGCGUGGCGGCGAGUCUUCCUGGUAUAAUUCACCCCACACUUAACCACCAUUGUGAAGUCACUAGAACUGAGUAACUCCUGAGUGUGGGGUACGAUAGCCUGGGGCUGCAUUUGUAACCGGAUGUUUUGGGCUUUUUUUGGAUACGCGUACAGUCUUGAUGUGUCCCCUAUUUAACUGCUUGUCCAUGAAACUGCACGCUUUAGUUGUCGCUUAGAAGGCAAGUGAAUAUUUAUUAAGGUGAGUAUUAGAAGCAAAUAAAACAGCAACUGACAGCAAGGCUGUAUUGUAUCUUCUCAGUCGCAGACUUCGUUCCUAAAUUCCAUGCGAUUGUUUCGAAAAACAAGGCCAGCGGCGGAUACUC